UCCUGCUUAAACUUACCCUUUGUUGUUUAACUUAAUAUUGCAGGGGCUAUGUUGGAAUUCACAGUUCAGGCUUCAAGGACUUUUUGCUGAAACCAGAGCUUAUUCGAGCUAUUCUUGAUUCUGGAUUUGAACAUCCUUCGGAAGGUAAUUAUAAUUUCCAUGUUCAUGAUUUCAGCCAGAUUACUACUGGUUCGGUAAACCUUUCCGUUUUGGGGAAAAGCCGUCAUUUUAAUUUAUGAAGAAUUCAUUGGAUGGGAUUUUCAGUACAACACGAGUGCAUACCACAAGCUAUUCUUGGAAUGGACGUCAUAUGUCAAGCAAAAUCCGGUAUGGGAAAAACCGCUGUUUUUGUUCUGUCUACACUACAACAAAUCGAGCCUGUCGCAGGUCAAGUUGCAGCCCUUGUUCUUUGCCACACCAGAGAACUAGCUUAUCAGAUUUGCCAUGAGUUCGAACGGUUCAGUAGACAUUUGCCUGAUCUUAAAGUCGCUGUCUUUUACGGUGGUGUGAACAUAAAGAUCCAUAAAGAACUACUGAAGAAUGAAUGUCCUCAUAUUGUUGUUGGAACUCCUGGAAGAGUAUUAGGUCUUGCUAGAGAUAAGGAACUUGGAUUGAAGAACGUUAGGCAUUUUAUUCUUGAUGAGUGUGACAAAAUGCUUGAGUCACUCGACAUGAGAAGAGACGUGCAGGAGAUUUUUAAGAUGACUCCUCAUGACAAGCAAGUAAUGAUGUUCUCUGCAACACUAAGCAAGGAGAUUCGACCAGUAUGCAAGAAGUUUAUGCAAGAUCCAAUGGAAAUUUAUGUUGAUGAUGAAGCCAAAUUAACUCUUCACGGGCUUGUUCAGCAUUACAUCAAACUGGGUGAAAUGGAGAAGAACCGUAAGCUAAAUGAUCUUCUAGACGCGUUGGACUUUAACCAAGUAGUCAUUUUCGUCAAGAGUGUAAGCAGAGCCGCCGAGCUGAAUAAAUUACUUGUGGAGUGCAACUUCCCGUCUAUUUGUAUCCAUUCUGGAAUGUCUCAGGAAGAAAGGUUGACACGCUACAAGGGGUUUAAAGAGGGGUUAAAAAGAAUUCUAGUUGCAACUGAUUUAGUUGGAAGGGGCAUUGACAUUGAGCGCGUUAAUAUCGUCAUAAAUUACGACAUGCCAGAUUCUGCUGAUACGUAUCUGCACAGGGUGGGACGAGCUGGCAGAUUUGGCACCAAGGGGCUUGCAAUCACUUUUGUAGCAUCUGCAUCGGACUCCGAUGUUCUAAAUCAGGUGCAGGAAAGAUUCGAGGUUGAUAUAAAGGAGCUGCCAGAACAAAUCGACACUUCAACCUACAUGCCAGCGUAAGUUGCGGACGGAUUGUAAUGAUUAAGCUUAAUUUGUUUGGGUUGGAGCUAUAGUUUAUAUUUGAGCAGGCUGUUGAUCUAUAGACCUGUUAAUGAUGUUUUGAGCUGUGGAUUUUGACCGGUUGAAAUUUUGAAAUCUGGGAAUUAUUAAUAGUCGGUUUACAACUUGGAAGCGUUAGUUUGUUCAAGAUGGUAAAAAACUAUGCUAGAUCUGUCUCUGAUUCAGUCGCAAUAAUCGCGGCUUUGGUUCUUUUUUAUCUAGUGAACUGUUUG